AUGGAGUCCAGCUCUAGCAAGGAUGGCCUGAACAAGUCGCCAAUUCUUCAGAGACUCACAAUCUCGAGGCCUCAUGGGUCUGGCACAAAAGGGAACCAAAUACGGCUUCAUACAAACCACUUCAAAGUCUCAGUUCACAGUACUGAUGUCAUCUUCUACCAUUACAAUGUUAAUCUGAAGUAUGAAGAUGAUAAACCAGUUCAAUCGAAAGGGGUAGGUAGAACAGUGAUCGACAAGUUGCAGGACAUCUAUCUGGCAAAUGUGAACUUUGCUUAUGACGGUGAAAAGAACCUAUUCACAAUGUGUGCCCUUCAGAAUGUCAAGGAUGAGUUCAUAGUAGUAGUGGAGGAUGGUUCAUCUGCAAAGACCACUAGGAGUAGGAUCCCUGGAGGAAAUGGAAGUCCAGAAGGAAGUGACACGAAAAGAAUGAAGCGGCCCAUGCCUUGUAAGACGUACAAAGUGGAAUUGAAAUCAGUGGGAAAAAUUCCAUUGAGUGCCAUUGACAAAGUCAUGAGAGGUCAAGAAUCUGAUGAUUGUCAGGAAGCCCUUCAGGUUCUUGAAAUCAUACUUAGGCAAAAGUCAGCAAAACAGCUGAAUGAUGUGUCUACGACUAUGAUUGUGGAACCUGGGCCUGUCAUUAAUUUUAUACUGUCCAACCAGUAUAUCAAGGACCCUUGCAGAAUUGACUGGGGCAAAGCAAAGCGUGCAUUGAGGAAUUUGAGGAUCAAAACCACUCACACGAACUCUGAAUUCAAGAUUUCCAGCCUGAGUGAGAAGUCUUGCUAUGAACAGAAGUUGCCAUUGAAGCAAAGAAACGGCAAUGGAUCCGAUUUCGUGGAAAUAACGGUCUAUGAUUACUACUUGAAGCAUUGGGAAAUAAGACUGCAGGAUUCUGCUAAUUUUCCCUGCUUGGAUGUUGGGAAGCCCAAGCGUCCCACAUAUCUGCCGAUAGAGCUUUGCCAUCUAGUGUCACUGCAAAGGUACACAAAAGCUCUGACUGCACUACAGCGGUCCUCGCUGGUCCAAAGUUCACGGAAGAACCCUAGAGAAAGGAAGUCAGAUUUGUCUGGUGCACUGCAACGCAGUAACUAUAGUUCGGAUGAUAUGCUGAAGAAGUAUGGCAUUUCAAUAGCUUCAGAGUUUGCUCUUGAUGGUAGAGUCCUUCAGGCACCAAAGCUAAAAGCUGGGGAUGGUCAAGAUCUUAUUGCACGUGAUGGGAGGUGGAACUUCAUGAACAGGAAGCCCAUUGAGGCCAAGGGAGUGGACACAUGGGCUGUUGUUAAUUUUACGACAAAGUGGAAUCUUCGGGAUCUUCAGGAUCUUGUUCGGAGGCUCAUUAACUGUGGUGGCAACAAGGGCAUUAUAAUUUCACCUCCUCAAUCUAUAUUUGAGGAGAGGCUUCAAAGGAAUGCAUCUGCGGCUAGUAGAGUUGAUGAUAUGUUAGAGCAGAUUGGAAAGAAGAUUGAAAGAAGCUUUGUGAACCCCCAACUUUCCUGUUGUGUGUUCUUCCAGAUAAGAACAGUGACAUUUAUGCUUGGUGGGUUGAAUUCAUUUUUGGAAAUUGAAAGAAACCAAGCCAUUCCUAGUGUCGAGGGUUCCAACCAUUAUCUUUGGGAUGGAGUUAGUGAGGGCCAGUUUAAUCAGGUUCUGAAUAUUGAGCUGGCUCAGAUCAUUGAGGCAUGCAAGUUUAUUAAAAAGAAUAAGAAUGAUAAUACCUGUCUCCCCAAGUUCACAGUGAUUGUUGCGCAGAAGAACCAUCACACAAGGUUGUUCAGAGAUGGCAAUGAUACGGCUAAUGUCCCUGCUGAACAGUGCCUGACGCCCAUCACCAAUCAACGUGUAAGUGGAGGCCUUGAAGAACGCCAGGACUUCAGGCGAUGUCUUGAUCGGCAGCUGACUCCACGCCCUAUCAUGAUCAGUCUUCUGGAGCCACAGUCACCGUGCUUGCAAUGCAAAACCGGCGAGCUUUAA